AGAAAAUGGAACACAAAAGGAGAAAAAAAAGUGAAUUUCACAAUAUUUGAAAUGCAUUUAUAUUUAAACAAAUAUUAUAGGUAGAUUUUACAAGAAGCAAACUUAUUGAAUAUAGACAAAGAAGAGAAUGAAUAAAAAAAAAUGAAGCUGUUUAUUCGUGCAAUCUGAUCCAUAUUGUGCGUGUGAAAGCAAUAUUUCCGGGCAAAGGCAGUCUGUUAAGAAAGUGUUUGUUUGUUUUGGGGCCACAUUCCAUUCUAUUUACCAAGCGUGCUGCCAUUAACUCUCCCCAUUCACACUCCUAUCCCAUUUCCUCUUUCUCUCUCUUUCUCCUUAAAACCCGUCUUAAAAAAUACACAUACCUAUUUGCAAAAGUCAUUUUUCUAUUUCUAUUUCUUUCACGCCUCCUACAACCCUAUGGCGUUGAGAAGCAUUGCUGUUUUGAUCAUAACAAUAUUAUUAGAGAUUCAGAAUUUGUGCAUAUCGGCGGCGAUUAGCCGAGCAGAUUUUCCAAAUGGCUUUCAAUUUGGCACUGCCACUUCUGCUUUUCAGUAUGAAGGAGCAGUGAAAGAAGAUGGAAGGGGACCAUCUGUGUGGGAUACCUUUUCUCAUACUUUUGGCAAGAUAUCAGAUUUCAGCAAUGCUGAUGUUGCAGUGGAUCACUACCACCGAUACGAAGAAGACAUACAACUCAUGAAGGACUUAGGGGUAGAUGCCUAUAGAUUUUCAAUUUCUUGGUCCCGGAUUUUUCCUAGUGGAAGUGGCCAAAUAAAUCAAGCGGGAGUUGAUCAUUAUAAUAAAGUCAUCAACUCAUUAUUGGCAAACGGAAUUGAGCCAUAUGUGACUCUCUACCAUUGGGACCUACCUCAAGCCUUGGAAGACAAGUAUACGGGGUGGCUCAGCACUGAGAUCAUUAAGGACUUUUCAACUUAUGCUGAGACGUGCUUCCAGAAAUUCGGAGACAGGGUGAAGCACUGGAUGACAUUUAAUGAGCCACAUACAUUUACUACACAAGGAUAUGAUCUUGGUAUACAAGCGCCUGGACGGUGUUCCAUUUUGUUUUGUAGGGCAGGGAACUCUACUACUGAACCUUACAUUGUUGCUCAUAAUGUCCUACUUAGUCAUGCAGCAGUAGCAGAUAUUUAUAGGAAAAAAUAUAAGAAUAUUCAAGGUGGAUCACUUGGUAUAGCUUUUAAUGUCAUUUGGUAUGAACCUGCCACAAACACUCAAAAAGACAUUGAAGCAGCUCAGAGAGCUCAAGAUUUUCAGUUGGGCUGGUUUCUUGAUCCUUUGAUGUUUGGAGAUUAUCCAAGUUCAAUGAGAAGCAGAGUAGGAAACAGGCUGCCAAAAUUCUCUCCAUCUGAGGCUGCUCUUGUUAAGGGUUCAUUAGAUUUUGUUGGAAUCAAUCAUUACACCACAUUUUAUGCAAGAGACAAUUCUACUAAUUUAUUGGGAGCUUUGCACAGUGCUAUAGCAGACUCCGGUACCAUUGCCCUUCCAUUCAAUGGCACUAAACCUAUUGGAGAAAAGGCAAAUUCUAUAUGGUUGUAUAUCGUGCCACAGAGUAUGAGAACCUUAAUGAACUACAUCAAACAAAAGUAUGGGAACCCUCCUGUCUUCAUCACCGAAAAUGGGAUGGAUGAUCCAAAUAGUAUAUAUAUCCCCAUUAAGGAUGCUUUGAAGGAUGAGAAACGGAUUAGAUACUACAAUGGCUAUUUAUCUUACCUCUUGGCUUCUAUCAAAGAUGGUUGUAAUGUGAAAGGAUAUUUUGCUUGGUCAUUGCUGGAUAAUUGGGAGUGGUCAUCUGGAUACACUUCUAGAUUUGGUCUGUUUUAUAUUGACUACAGAGACAACUUGAAGAGAUACCCAAAACAAUCUGUCCAAUGGUUCAAGAACUUCUUGAAACCAACUAAAUAGUUGUAUUAAAUUAUAUGGUUGUAUUUUGAAUAAUAGAAUUUAUAUUUAAUUUGAAGUGAAGUUAUAUAAUUUGACUCCUAAAUUAUUUGUGUUUGAAACUUAUAAAAAUAAUAUUUGAAUUGAUUUGUAAUUUUU